CGUACCCUCCUCCGAGUUCUCACCUUUAAAGGUCCCCAGUGUCACAGUCAGCCGUCACUCUCGCUUCUCUCUUUCAUUUCUUUCUAUGAGAAAUUCCAUUUUAUCUCUGGGUCGUCAAGGUGAAGAAAUAAGCAUCCAUUUUUACCCUUUUCUGCUACAAAGUUCAUUGUUUCUUUCUUCCCUUUUUCUUUUCUCUAUAUUUGUGGAUACGUUUAUAGGAUUUUCUCUGAAACAUUUCGUUCCAGUGGUGGAAUUUGUUGUAAAAGGAUUGAAAGAAACUAAGAGUUGCAUAGAGAAAGCUAUCCGGAGUACUUAGUUAAGUAUCAUAGGCGGCCGGGCUCAUAAAGUAUUUUUCUUUUGGUCUCUAUCAUAAACUCCCACUCUUUUUUCCUUUUUCAUUUCUUUUCUUUUCUUUUUUCCCAUCAUGGACCAUAAUUUCUCUCUCCAGCCAUCUCUCUGACCCCAAAGUUCUUCUUAUCCCUGUAGUGAAAUCCGUUUCCCUUUAUAUAGUAACGUAAAAAAGGCCAAAUUUCAAUUCUCUGUCUCUCUCUAGUUGAGGGAGAAAAUGAUGAAAGUGUAAAGAGUACAGAUUCUCUCUUAUCUCUGGACAACAACACAACUGCAAUACCUUGGAAGAUCUCCCAAAAAAAUGAGUCAGUGCGUGCCCAGCUGGGAUAUCGAUGACAACCCCACCCCUCCAAGGCUCUUUCUCCGUUCUCACUCCAAUUCUACUGCUCCAGAUGUUCCCAUGUUAGACUAUGAAGUAGCAGAGCUGACAUGGGAGAAUGGUCAGUUGGCCAUGCACGGCUUGGGUCAGCCGCGGGUGCCGGCGAAACCGGUGGCUUCCGCCGCAGUAUCCAAGUACCCGUGGGAGAAGCCACGCGCCGGGGGGACUCUGGAGUCCAUAGUGAAUCAAGCCACUCGGUUGCCCCACCACAAGCCACCACCGGAAGGCGCCAACGAUGAUCUCGUGCCGUGGUUAGACCACCAGCGCGCCGUCGCGGCUGCAGCAGCUGCCGCCUCGGUCGCCAUGACCAUGGACGCCUUGGUCCCCUGCUCCAACAACAAUAACACCACUAAUAACAACAACCCGUCGCACGUGAUGGACUCCGUGCCGGCGGGGCUAGGCCCGUGUGGGGGGGGCAGCUCCACUCGCGUCGGCUCCUGCAGCGGCGGCGCUACCAAAGAUGACGACGCCAUCCUCCCGGGGAAGCGCGAGAGAGUGGCGCGUGUGCCCUCCACCCACGACUGGAGCAGCCGAGACCAGAGCGUCACCGGCAGCGCCACUUUCGACCUUGAUAGCCAACAGGUGACUCUCGACACGUGCGAUCUGGGGUCUCCGGAAAACACAAGCUCCGGCAAGCCUUGCACGAAGACGAUCACCGUCGAUGACCACGACUCCGUUUGUCACAGCCGACCACAGAGAAGGGCAGGUGAUGAAGAGGACAAGAAGAGAGGAACAGGAAAAUCCUCGGUCUCCAGCAAAAGGAGUAGGGCAGCUGCCAUCCAUAAUCAAUCUGAACGUAAAAGAAGAGAUAAGAUCAAUCAAAGAAUGAAGACAUUACAAAAACUGGUUCCCAACUCGAGUAAGACAGAUAAAGCUUCAAUGCUUGAUGAAGUGAUUGAAUACCUGAAACAAUUGCAAGCCCAAGUUCAGAUGAUGAAUAGAAUGAACAUGUCACCCAUGAUGAUGCCGAUGACCCUGCAGCAGCAACUUCAAAUGUCACUGAUGGCUCAGAUGGGCAUGGGAAUGGGGAUGAGCCCAAUGGGAAUGGGCGUUGUGGAUAUGAACACCAUCGCUCGACCCAACGUCGCCACCACCGGCAUCUCUCCUCUCCUCCACCCCACUCCUUUCCUCCCUUUAACUUCAUGGGAUGUCUCCGGUGACCGCUUACCUGCUGCGCCAACAAUGGUGCCUGACCCUUUGGCCGCAUUCCUUGCUUGCCAAUCCCAACCAAUGACGAUGGAUGCUUAUAGUAGGAUGGCAGCCUUGUACCAACACCUGCAUCAGCAUCCAGCCUCUAGCGCCAGGAGCCAAGGGCUAUGAUCUUGAUCUAUAUACCCAUUCUAUUGUUUUACGUACACUGCAUGGAUCAAGAGAAUCAUCCAUACGUUUAUUUAUCCAUGCAGUUCUAAUUAAUUUAUAUGAUUGUCCAUAUGGUUAAAUCAAGUGUGUUAUGUGGGGUGUUGAGCGCAAAUAUUAGGAGACUAUCUUGCAGUUUUUUCUUCUCUUAAAACUUAAUAUUGAUCGCUCAUUCUCUCA